AUGGCCGAUAUCGAGUACCUGAAGAGCCUGCAGGCUGUGCGCGAGCGCGCGAACCUGGUCCUGAAAGCUGCCGAGAACGAUGAAUUAACACAUUUCUCCUAUCACCCGGAUAAGAUGGGCGAAGUGGCGGAAUACGUGACUGGCAUCAUCAAUCGAGACUUUGGACCCGACAAAUUUGACCAAAUUCCUCCCCACGGUCGGUGGCAACAUUUCGAGAUUGGAGGUGUUCCUCGAGUGGAUCAGCUCAUCAAGUCCUGGCAGGAGGAGGGAUAUGAUAAUAUUGAGGUCACUCGUCGACUGAUUGAUCUCUUCUUUGUCGCGGUGCUAUUAGAUGCUGGUGCCGGUGAUUUUUGGAAGUUUACCGAGCCUGGAACCGGUGAUGCCUAUGGUCGGAGUGAAGGAAUUGCCGUCGCUGCAUUAUACAUGUUCAAGGCGGGUUCUUUCACAAGCAAGUCAGCAGCAGGGGAUAGCGAGUUGGUUGAUGGUCAGGGCCUUGCUGCGCUUAGCAUCGAAACGUUCCGAAAACACUUCCAGAUCACAGCCGAUAACGAGAUUAUCGGAGAUGUAUCUCGUGUCACUGGUCGACCUGGAAACCUAGUUGACUACAUCCUGGCUCAGAAAAGUGGGAAUGAGUUGGAAUAUGAGACAUUGUGGAAUGUCCUUCAAAAAACUCUUCUUCCAGCAUGGCCCAAGAAUCGAACUCAGGUGGACGGUGUUCCCAUUGGAGACUCCUGGCCCCUGGAAGUCCUAGCAAGAUUGAACCAAGGCAAAAGCGAAAGCAAAACCGCAAACAUCCAGCCCUUCCACAAGCUGACACAAUGGCUUGCAUAUUCCCUGUCAGUACCUUUUAUUCGAGUCCUAGAUUUUGAGUGGAAGAAUCUCAGCCUGGGAACAGGGCUUCCUGAGUACCGCAAUGGCGGAUUAUUUGUUGAUAUGGGGGUUCUUGAAUUGAAGGAGCCCGUCUUACAGCAAGGGCGAGCAAACUCUCGGGAGCAGACACCAAGCUUCGAAGCUACAAGUGAUGUGAUCGUUGAGUGGCGAGCUAUGACUGUGGCUUUACUUGAUCAGCUCUACGAGACUAUUCGAGAUAGUUUUGCCAAGCAAGGCGUUCGGUUGAAUAUGGCACAAAUGCUAGAGGCUGGGACUUGGAAGGGAGGUCGAGAACUUGCAGCGAAGUAUCGUCCUUCGACUAAAUCUAGUCCCAUUGUAAUCCAGGGAGAUGGGACUUUAUUCUAG